AUGCGAUGGGGGAACCAAACCACCGUAACCAAAUUCAUCCUUGUGGGGUUCUCAAAUCUCCCACACCUGCAAGGCCUACUGUUCUCUGUGGUUCUGUUCCUGUACUUAGUGACAGUGACUGGGAACAUCCUCAUCAUCCUCAUCAUCACAGAGGACUCUGCCCUCCACUCCCCCAUGUACUUCUUCCUCAAAAACUUAUCCUGCUUUGAGAUCUGCUUCACCUUAGUCACAGUGCCCAAGAUGCUGGUCAACCUCCUGGCUGACGACAAGAGCAUCUCAUUUUUUGGAUGCGCACUCCAGAUGUUCUUCUUCUUCUUCUUUUGCUGUUCGGAGUGCUUUCUCCUGGCAGCCAUGGCCUAUGACCGCUACGUGGCCAUUUGCAACCCACUGUGCUACACCACUGUCAUGAAUCAGCAGGUCUGUUGGAGGAUGGUGGGAGGGGUUUGUAUGCUUGGAAUCCCUGUUGCCCUGCUUCAAGCAGCUUGGCUUUUUAACUUGCCUUUCUGUGGUCCCAAUGUGGUCAACCAUUUCUUUUGUGAUUUACCACCAGUUCUGAAACUGGUUUGUGCUGACACCUCUCUUUACGAGAUGCAGGCCAUGGCUUCCACACUUUUGUUCCUCAUACUCCCAUUCAUGCUAAUCCUGAUCUCCUACAUCCGCAUCACCAUUACUAUUCUGAAGAUGAAGUCAGCUGAGGGCAAGCGCAAAGCCUUCUCCACUUGUUCCUCACACCUCAUUGUGGUGACAUUGUUCUACGGGAGUGGCAGCCUGAUGUAUCUACGGCCCAAGUCCAAAUACUCACCGGAUGUUAAGAAGUUCCUGUCUUUGUUCUAUACAGUCAUCACACCCAUGCUGAACCCCAUCAUCUACAGCCUGAGGAAUAAUGAGGUGAAGUUAGCUCUGAGGAGGAUGCUGGAGCGGAAGGUAUUCUCAUGGAAACGGUAAAUGAGAUUUGUAGGAUGUUUUUGCAAAAUGGUGACUUCUCCAGCAUCCUGAAAACUUUCUUAUGAGGAGAAACUCCUGCAGACAUCCGUACAAAGGGAUAUUGUAUUCUCGAAGACUGAUCUAAUAAAGGGGCUAUUUGAAGGAUUAUUUUCAAAUGAUGAUGUACUUUGAAUAGAAUUCAGUAUAUCUGCUUGCAGUCAUGGGUCCUCUGCAGGUUUACCAUUUUAUUUUGGGAAUGUCAUGUAGGCUGAUAUUUGCAAAGAACCUAAAUAGUUUAGGUCCUGAAAUCCCACAAGUUUUCAAUUGAGCAGUGUAUUUUGUUUCCUCUGGCUUCUUGAAUAUCUGUGGCUAGAAAUUCAUGUUGAUGAAAUACAUGGAUAAGCUCUGCCAUGACACAGCAUGUCAUGGUCCAACUUCUUCCUUUUGCAUAACACGUGUUACUUCCUGGCUCACUCUGGAGGGUGUGGCACAAGGGGUAAUGUGAUCUCCCCAGUUUCUCUGCUCAGUCAGAUCUGUCUCCAGGACUGUUUGGGUACUUAAAAGCCCUUCCCCACUCAGCCAGACUUGAAUGUCCAUGAUCAGAGGAUGGGUCUGGAUGAGUGGCAAACCCUGACUUCCCUGCUUUCAGAGGGGCACCCCAAGGUUCCUCAGGGUGUCUCUCUGUAAGUGAGGAAAGCAUAAAGGUGCUCCAGGGUUUUGGGGGGACUACC